AUGUCUGAGAUCGGUCUGGUCGGGCUGGCCGUUAUGGGUCAGAACUUUGCGCUCAACGUCGCGGAGAAGGGAUUUCGGAUUUCCGUGUACAACAGGUCGCCCGCGGGCACCGAAGCUGCUGUCGGGCGCGCCAACAAGGAAGGCCUCGACGGCAACCUCAUCGGUUUCGACAACAUCCCGGACUUCGUCGCAUCCCUCCAAAAGCCGCGGCGCGUCAUGAUCCUUGUGAGGGCUGGUGCUCCCGUGGAUGCUGUGAUCGAGACCUUGUCGGAGCAAAUGGAGGAGGGUGAUAUUAUAAUCGACGGCGGCAACGAAUGGUACGAAAACACAGAGCGCAGGAAGGAGCUUGUGGCCAAAAAGGGACUUCUAUAUAUGGGGAUGGGAGUGUCAGGGGGAGAGGAGGGUGCAAGAAAUGGUCCUUCUAUGAUGCCUGGCGGAAGCAAAGAGGCUUAUGCCCCCCUAGAACACAUGCUCGCCAAAGUCGCUGCCCAGGUGGACGAUGGGCCCUGUGUGACAUAUAUCGGAGAUGGCGGCGCUGGGAACUUUGUCAAGAUGGUGCAUAAUGGCAUCGAGUAUGGUGACAUGCAGCUCAUAUCCGAGGCCUACGACAUCCUGAGGGUCAUCGGUGGUGCCAGCAAUGAGGAGCUGUCCCAAACUUUCUCAGACUGGAACAAGGGCGAGCUGGAGAGCUUUCUGAUCAACAUUACAUCCAUCAUAUGUGCCAAGCCAGAUGACAAGGGGGAGGGGUACCUUGUGGACAAGAUUCUGGACAAGACUGGCAUGAAGGGCACGGGGAAGUGGACGGUGCAGCAAGCCGCGGAGCUGUCUGUGCCAGCGCCCACCAUCACGGCGUCCCUGGAUGGGAGGUUCACCAGUGGGCUGAAGGAGGAGAGGGUGGAAGCAGCGAAGUUCUAUGAGCAGCUGGGUGUUGCGGAGCCAUCCGUGGCAGAGUCGCCCGAUGACAAGGCGGCAUUGAUCGAUGACGUCCGCCAGGCGCUGUACGCCUCGAAGAUCUGCAGCUAUGCCCAGGGCAUGGCCCUCAUCCGCGCGAAGAGCCUGGAAAAGGAGUGGGACAUCGACCUCGGAUCACUCGCCCGUAUUUGGAAGGGAGGGUGUAUCAUCCGAGCCGUGUUCCUGGACCGCAUCAAGCAGGCAUUCGGGCGAAAAGCCGACCUCCCCAAUCUCCUUGUGGACCCCGAAUUCGGCGCCGACAUCGCUGCACGCAUCCCGGCGUGGCGUCGCGUGGUGCAGCGUGCCGUUGCGGCAGGCAUCGCAGUCCCCGGCAUGACGGCCAGCCUGGCGUACUUCGACGCCUACAGGCGAUCCAGGCUGCCGGCAAACCUGGUGCAGGCGCAGAGGGACUUCUUCGGGUCGCACACCUACCAGAGGACGGACAUGGAGGGAUGGUUCCACACGGUGUGGGACGAGUCGUUUGGCAGCGCCGACACCGCGACGACCUCUGCAUACAACAACUGA